AUGAGGGACCGUCUGAGCCACUUACAGGAUCUGUCCCAGUCGAAUGGCCAUGUGGAGCAGAUGGUCUACGCUGAGUCCGGGGAGUCCAUCUCUGGGGACUCCUUUAGCAACGUGGACCUGGAGGAGGAACUCCAUCACCAGGCCGUGGUGUGGGACAACACCCCUGAAUUGGAGGAGGUCUUCUCCCAGUCCCAGGAGGUCCACCGUGAGGUCCAGCUCAUCCUCCUGGAGGUCAAACGUCUCCGCGAGCAGAACGCCCGCAUGCUCCAGGGCACCACUAGCAUGAUGGUCAUUAAGAGGGACUCCAACGCCAUCGCAGCUGACAUCAAGGCCCGCGCUGAGGGUGUGCUGACGCGACUCAAGGACAUGGACGCCGCAGGGCGGGAGCUGGAGGUAGAACACGGCUCCAACACCGCCGUGACUCGCAUUGCCAGGACCCAAUAUGUCUGCCUGAGCAACGGCUUCCGUGAUGCCAUGUUCGACUACAACGAGGCAGAGAUGAGCCACCGGGAGAGCUGCAAGGCUCACAUCCAGAGGCAGAUGGAGAUCGUGGGGAUGGAGGUGACGGGCGAGGAAGUGGAGGAGAUGAUCGAGACAGGCCAUUGGAACGUCUUCAAUGAGAACAUCCUGUCGGAGGGCAAGACGGUGCACUCAGCACUCAACCAGAUCGAGAGCCGCCACCGGGAGCUGCUAGACCUGGAGAGCAGGAUCCAGAGCAUCCAUGAGAUCUUCCUGGAUGUGGCUCUGCUGGUGGAGGAGCAGGGCCCCAUGAUGAACACCAUCCAGGCCAACAUACAGAAGACAGACAUGGCCAUCCAAGAGGUUCUGGUCAAACUCAGCAAGGCCAAGCGCCACAACAAGAACAACCCCUUCAAGAAGAUGUUCUGCAGCUGCUUCCCCUGCGUCAACUGA